CUCACCGACCGGAACUAUGAUAAGGUGCGUUUGAUAUACCAUUUCAAUCCUCUCUGUUUAUAUGUGCAGUACAAUGGGAUAUGCAGUCAAUAUCCAUCAAGUAAGAUUCUUUCUGCAACUGCUGUCCUCGUCACCUCAUUGUUGUUUCUCUUAGCGUAUCAUAAUGUUUCACAAGAACGGCCCUAAUUGCAACGAGGACCCUGGUGCAUGCCCUAACCAACUUCUCUACUAUAAAGACUAUGUUUCGGACAAUACUGAUCGUGAAUUUCGCCUACCUUCAGAAAUAGAGGACAGAGAAAGUUCUUGUGCACUACAGCGGCCUGAUAACUACAAUGAGAACACUCUCGUGGGCUUGUCUAAUUAUGUAUCACCGGCAAACUUCAAACUAUAUGGGAAAGUGAACGCAAAAAGACAUGCAGAACAGCUAAACCAGUAUUACGCAAUUAAAGAUUAUGUGGAUACCUGUUCUGAUAUUCAAGGAACCGACAUCAACUUUGUUUACAACGAUUGGUGGGGUAUCGGCGAGUUAAUUCGACUCACUCAGGACCACAACUCAGCUCGUGCCCUUGGUGACUGGUAUAUUCCACCCACACCAGCACCCACGUACAAUGAUGAGAUAACCGAAGCACCAACUUUUUUUCCCACCUUCCUUCCCACUUUCGACGUCACAAUGUUCCAACCUACCAUUAGCCCUCAACCAACAAAUGCACCUUCGGAUCGUCCUACACAAACAAUCGAUCCAUGUUCCGUGUUUGAUGGCAACUGUAAGGGGUGCAAGAAAAACAAUGAGGAAUGCUUAUGGUGUGUGAGUUCCAACACUUGCUACGACAGAGGAGUAUUCGAAAAUAUUUUUGAUCUAGACGAUGAAGUUAUUCCGUGCGCGGGAGAAGACAUACUAGACAGCUUCGAUACAACCUGCAAAGCACCGUCGAGGGAUCAAUCUAGCGUCUACGAUGAUGACUUCGAGAUUUCUGACUCCAGUGAUUCUAACGAAACCAGCACAGAAGACGAAGUAGAUGAAGUAAUCGAGACCCCAUCUCCCACCACCAAUCAACCUGUAGAACCACCCACUCUACCUCCUGUAUUUGUCCCUCUUUCACCACCCACAGCAGUCGAAUCUUCGAAGAAUAUUUUCAACAAAUGGUUUGGGGGAGGGAGUAGCAGUGCUUCAACGUCAUUGACUAUACUUCCAUGUGUGACUACUAUUUUCAUUUCCAUGGCGUUAAUAUUGCUAAAUUUUAAAGAGUAGAUACAACAGUGUAACGAUCCGCUAUUGAUU